UUCUCAGUCCCAGGGCGUCUUCUUGCAAUCAGUAUGGCGGCUUGGGUAACGUGAGCGUUCAAUCUUUGGAAAUGGGCGGCAGGCUCUGCUUUCAAAGGGGAAGUUUUGAGAAUGGGGCUGAUUCCGGCAUGGUGGUUGGAGGUCUCAGGGCGGAUGGCAUGGACCCCUUUGAUAGAAUCCGUGAGCUGGUAGAUGAGAGAUUUACCGGCGGCAGCGGCGGCGAAGGGGCCUUUUAUGGUGGCGGUGGAGGUCGCGUGUCUGUAGAUUCUUCUGCGGUGUCUAUGGAGAAAACAGGGGAUGAUAAAAUUAUCCGGCGCUUAGCACAGAAUCGGGAGGCGGCUAGGAAAAGCCGGCUAAGGAAAAAGGCAUAUGUUCAUCAUCUCGAAAGUAGUCGGUUGAAGUUGAUACAACUAGAACAGGAGCUUCAGCGAGCACGCCAGCAGGGUUUGUUCAGUGCUAGUGGUUACCUUGGUAAUCUUGGCCUUUCAGCUGGAAUGAAUGGUGCCUUGGCAUUUGAUAUGGAGUAUGCUCGCUGGUUAGACCAACAUCAAAACCAAAUAAGUGAUCUGAGAUCAGCUUUUAAUUCUCAAGCAGAUGAUGAAGAACUAAGACUUAUUGUUGAUGGUUUAAUGUCACACUAUGAUGUUCUCUUCAAGCUCAAAAGCAUUUGUACAAGGUCUGAUGUCUUCCACAUGCUUUCGGGCUUGUGGACAACACCUGCUGAAAGAUGUUUCAUGUGGCUCGGCGGUUUCCGUUCCUCUGAACUUCUCAAGAUGCUUGUGAGCCACCUAGAGCCAUUAACAGAUCAGCAACUUAUAGGCAUAUGCAAUCUCCAGCAGUCUUCGCAACAAGCUGAAGAUGCUUUGUCUCAGGGAAUGGAAGCUUUGCAGCAGUCUCUUACAGAUACCUUGUCACCUGCUUCUUUUAACACUAAUCCUUGUUCUGAUAAUGUUGCUAAUUACAUGAACCAAAUGGCAAUUGCAAUGAGCAAGCUUGGAACACUUGAAAAUUUCCUUCGGCAGGCUGAUCUUCUGCGGCAGCAGACAUUGCAGCAGAUGCAUCGAAUACUAAGUACUCGUCAAGCAGCUCGAGCCCUUCUUGCCAUCAGUGACUACUUCGCUCGCCUUCGAGCUCUCAGUUCUUUGUGGUUGGCUCGACCAAGAGAUUAACAGCAAGAUGUAUAUUCAAGCUAAUUGUGUUAAAUUAACUAGUAGAAAGUACUUGAGUUUACUUACAGUAGCCAUUCUGUUCCAUGAUUUGGAAUGCGAGGGCUCUUGAUUGUUAGUUUAGUUGCUGUAGUAGUAAGUUUUAUGCUGUUGGUGUUAUUUAUUUAGUGCCACUGCAGUUUCCUUAAACUUUAAUCAGCUACCAUUAUGGUUAGAGAGAAGAGUUAUUGUUGUAUGCUUUG